AUGACUAGUAUUCAAAAAAGAUCAGGGAAUACUAAGAAAUCAGUUAGUUUCAUAGAUAAAGAAUCAUCAAAGAAGGAAAAAGAAUUAAGUAUUGUUGAUAAUGUAGUACCAUCCAUCAAAAAUCCAAUUUCAGUUAUACCAUUUCAUAAUCUUAUUAUAAUCUAUGGAAUGUUUAAAUUUGGAAUAACGAAAGAUGUAGAAUCAAUAAUGUUGAAAUCAUAUAUCACAUCUAUUCCAAUUCAAUUCAUUUAUAAUUAUAUAAUAUUUAAACAUUUACCAAAGAAGAAUUCGACAAAUGUUAAUCUUUCAUUAUUAUUAAUUUCAUCAAUAUUUAUUAGUUUGGUAUUGGCAAUUCCAUUACAUGUUAUUCUUGUUUUAUUUGGUGCUCCAAUUUAUAAAUAUUCAGUCAAGACAUUUUACUUAUCAUUACAUCUUUCACAAUUGAUAUUCAGUCCUUUAAUUAUAUUAUACACUUUAGAUUUAAAUCAAUUUACAAAGUUGUUUAAAUUAGAUAAUAUUUAUUCUUCAAUUUUUACAAAUUCAAUUUUAUCUAUGGUUUUAUUAAGUCUUGGUGGGUGUUGGUUAGGUGUUAUUCCUAUUCCUUUGGAUUGGGAUAGACCUUGGCAACAAUGGCCAAUUACGUUAUUAGUUGGUGGUUAUAUUGGUGGUUUUAUAGGUAGUUUAAUCUCAUUAAUUAAAUAUAUAAGAUGA